AUGUUUUAUACAAAACGCGAAACGAUUUUAUGUAUAUUCGUGACGAGCAUGAUCGCUCUCUGUUCGCAUCUCGGUGACAGAAUGUUGAAACAUGGAAGCACUCCUGCCAUGCGCGCGAUAUUUGACAACCUGACACACGCGACAGUCGGCGCACUGACGUGGAGCUUGAUAAUAAUUCUAUCGAGAAAAUCUGUAGUGCAUAAUGUAUUUCAAAUUGUUUCGUGCUUCCUCGUAUCGUCAUUAAUCGAUCUGGAUCAUUUUUUGUCAGCUAGGAGUUGGAGACUGAGCGAUGCAACGCGUUUGGAUAAAAGGCCCUUUCUUCAUUGCUCGACAGUGCCGAUAUUCGCAUGGCUGGUUCUCAUAGCCAUUUCGAAAAUGACAAGUCGUCCGAAUUUGAUCAAUCACGCGUGGAUCUUAUUGGCGGCUUUUUUCAGUCAUCAUAUACGAGAUGCUAGCAGGAAAGGGAUGUGGUUUUAUCCUUUUGGAUCUACUCCGCCAAUUCCUUAUUAUUUUUAUAUUUUUAUAAGCAUGACUCUUCCUUUUGUCAUUCAUUGGCUAAUGUUUACACCCAUGCCUCUCGUUGAAUACGAUGCCAUGUCAAUCGAUAUUGUCUAAUAUUGACAGGGGCUUUAGUGGAAUUUAAAAUAUUGAAAUCAAAGGAUUUCCUAUAGAAAUCUAGGAUCCUAUUAACACUCAAUCUUCUGUAUACAAAUCAUUGCAAACUUGAUACCGAGACUCGAUAGGAAUCAAACUUGAAAUAUCUGAUAAGUCAUGUUACAGAUUUACAAAUAACGUUACCUGAGUAUACGAUUCCCGUACUACACGAUACAGUAAGAAAUUUUCUCAUGUAUUAAUUUAAUAAUUUUUACUGAUCUGAGAGAAACAAUCGAUCGACCUGAUUGUUUAAUGAAUAAAUCAAAUAAAUCAAG